UUUUCUUUCUCCUUUUCUUUCUUUCUCCCUCUCUCCAGCUCUUCAACCACGUAUUUGCCGAGAUUCGUAAAAACAUGAUUGACGGCAGAAGAGGGUGGAUGGAGUUUUUGCCUAUGCGAGUGCACCUCGACGACAUGAAACGGGUUGUGACGAGACGCCACAAUUACCAGUACGGUGCAGUACCGAACAGUUCAUUCUCGUUCGGUAUAGCUGUGCCGCAGCCGUACGGCUCCACCGAAAUCCUGGGCGAGGUGCAGGUUCAAUCAAGGGAAGAGGACUGGAGGAAGUACUUCGAAGGAGAAAACUGGAGGGUUCAUCCCGACUGGGAAUACUGCGUGGACAUCCACAGCACGUACGACACGCCCGAAACGAUAAUCAAAGAUUUUCUCGAGCGCGUCAUGAAAGAACCCUCCGAAACAUCGGAACGCUACAAGUGGAAGCCGGACUCUAAAAGGCAGUUCUACAACACCAUGGUCUGUGACAAGGACCUUGUGCAGAGCCUGGUGUUCGAUGCCAAGGUGACCAGUCCGGAGAAGAUCAUGGCCCGUCAACCUUCCAAACAGCUCUACUCCCAUGUUUCAAAAGACACGACUUUCAAGAGCAACGGCAUCGUGAUGACUUUUGUGGCAACGAGGAGCGGUUUGCUACGGUUCACGGACCAUCGGAGCGAAGAGGAGAAGAACAGCAAUUCCGAAAGACCAUUCUACGAGCUUCACACCCGUGCUAUCGACGAGCUGUUCUAUCGACGCGCCGUCGACUUUCACCAGAUCAGCAACACCUCCUUCAUAUACUCGGUUCCGUUCGACGCCGGUGCCCGGUACGCGGCCAACGACAACAGCCCCGUCUACGUGACCGGUAGCCGUGCGGUGUUUCUCGGAACGGAAAAGAAAGCCCCGGCGGCCGUCGUCGGACUGCAGAUCAAGCACUCGGUCUUCGAGGAGAAAUUCCUCAACAUUUCGUCCAAGUGCGAGAACCAGAAGCCCUGCUUGUACACCUGCGGAAACGAGGCUUUGGACUGUUUCCUAUUGGACAACAACGGCUUCGUCAUCGUAUCCAGCAAUCGCAGUCAAGUAGGAAAAUUUUUCGGUGAGAUAGACGACACGCUGUUCCUGUCAAUGGUCAAGUACAACGUUUACAAGAGGGUGAGAAUAUACGACUACCAAGCUAUCUGCAAGGACAAGAUCACGCCGUCUGGACCCGCAAACUUUCGGACAAGUCCAUUCCAUGCACUGUGGAACGUACUUGCCUGGGUCUGGAAGAAGCUCGUCGUGCUGGUGAUGCACUUCGAAGUCUACAACGUGUUCAGCCUAGAGUGGAUCGUCACAUCAAGUGACUACGACUACGGCGACUACGCGGCCGACGACGCGCCGCCCAUCCCUAGCAAGACGCGGGCGCGUCCCUGCGACAUGGAGAUCGAGCUGUUCGAGAUGCAGCCCAUGGAGCCGGAGCCCAUCAAGGGCAAGCUGUCCAAGUGCAGCGACCGCAGUUGCGACAAGCAGUUCAUCGUGCAGCCGGUGCCCUCCAGCAACCUGGUCAUGCUGGCCGUGUUCACCGACUGCAACUGCACCAGCACCCCUGCACCGCUGGCACAGCGCGAGGUGGUUCCCGACGAGGCCAUCUUCUGCAACCAGAGCAGCCUGCCGCGACAGAGGCCCGACGUCUGCAUCAACUACCACGCCGAGGAGGCCGAACUGAAAAGGCAAUGUGGCCGCGCCAGCGCAUCGCAGACCGCCUCACUUGCCCUUCUGCUCGCCGCCACGCUUUUCGCGAAAUCCUCGUCCUGCUUUUGGGUUUGAAAGGCCCCGCACGCCGCCGCUGCCGCCGCCGCCACCAACAUAGUCGCCACCGCUGAUUAUAGCAAGCGAAACAGAAGAAGAAAAAAAAGAUAAAAAGCACGCUGACGUCAUUGCCUCCACGUGGAUGCACAACAAACUGCGCAGUAGGAAACCAAAGCUCGUAGCAGACGGCGCGAUGACCUCGAUGCCGCUGCGACUGCCCAUCUGUCUGUGUGUGUGUGCGUGUGCAGCGCCGAAUCUGUGUCACUUUGAAAUGUUUGGGUGCGCUUUCGUCUGAGAACGGCGCGUUUAAAACCCGACUACACGCGACGAUGGACGUUCCACGGUGUAACUUUUGCGCCACGUGCCUCUUUGCAUACAGCGAUUUGUCGCAGAAGCCGCACCGCUUGCACCGCCACGCUGGGACGCACACGUCCACCUGAGAAAUCUUGCUUCCAUCGUCCCGAGUUCACCCACCUAUCUUGGAAGACGCCUCCAAAAGGAAAGAAAAAGAAGAGAUAAAGCUCAGGCGUCGAUUUUGUUCUGCGUUCUUUAUCACCGCCACAUUACAAGUGCGAAAGCCUGCUAAACCCUCCUCCCCACCUGAGAUCAGUUCUAUAGGAACACCGCAGCUUUAAGCCUUUGGAACCGCGGCUGCAAUAUAUAAACACGAUUGCUACUGCCAGCUUUGAGCCGUUGAUUCAGUACACCGACCUGCGAUUCUUUCAGAAGUGCUGAAGGUCAUUUUACAGAGAAUCGAGCUCGAUCUUCUGUUUCGGCCAGCUCCACCGUUCGCAGCUCCUUAACGAAGAGCUGCAGAUAGACGAAAGUCCGAAAUAUCGACAGGAACGCAGUGAUGGUUGACUUCCAUGAACGUCUACCUGCUCGAACGCUUAACUCAAACGAGGAUGUUGUUGAACGAUGUGAUGAUAAAGCGUUCGCCCCUGUUGAUUCUACCGAUAUAAGCGCAAGCAAACGAGAUGGACCACUGAGGAUCGUCUCACGUGACGGCUUGUGAAACCAGUCGAGCCUCGCAGAAAUAACUCGAUCAAGGCAUAUCAGUGUGCGUUCGGCCAACGCAAGUCAGUGCCGUCAACCGGGGCACUUUUCCUUCAAGAAUCAAAACUCGUCUACCCUUAGGAACGGUGACUGUGACCUUUUUAUCUAGUCUGCCGCUAAUGCGGCACCCGUGAAAUGACUCCAAAUUGAUGAUUAUCUCUGUCUUCAGCACCCGCGGACUUCACCCCCUGAAAGUGCACAUUGCGAUGUGAAGCGCCAUCUUUGGCCCGGCUUGCUACUGAAUUCUAUUGUUUUUUUCUUUCGUGCGUAUGUGUGCCUGUGGUGUCGUCUAUAGCCGAUCAGUUAACUGUUUAGGAUUGUGUCUUUCGGCGUGUCACCUUCUCUACCCCUUUUAUCGUCGCCUGUUAGCGUGUAUGACUUCAAAGUUACGUCAGUUUUCUCGCCCAACUCACGAAGUUUUUUCUGUCGCUACUUGAGCAUUCUUUUAACCCCUCUCGCCGCAUAAUGGUCGCGGAAAAUGAAGCAGCGUAUGUGGAAGUGUCGCUAUGGGCAUCGAUAGAUGGCACUUGUAACAUUUCGAUCAGAGGCGAUCCCAUUUUCAUACCAUGUAGCACUCUUCACUGCCUAGAGCCGGUACGAAAAACGUGAAAAUGAGAGUGGAAAAACAAAUUGCUCGCUUACCGACAUUUCCUCGCUUUAAUGCUGCCUCGACCAGACGCGCGAGCAUGUUAGACUUAUGUCAUAUACUGAUCUCGAAGGCCAUGUUUAUGCCCGUAUUCUUUAAUCAUUUAAUGCUGCCCCGAGUAGAGGCGCGGGAAUUUUAGGCUUACUCAAUGGCCCCAGAAAUCCACGCGCAGCUCGAUCUUGGAACUCAUAUUUAAGCCCGUAUUCUUUAUUCAUUUCUCCACUUGGAGGGUUAACUCAAGUUCUUGGAGUUGUAAAUGACGUUGCCACACAUUUGAAGGAGCCUGUAUGGUUCGACGUCGUUCCUCUGGGAUUAGAUGGGCUGCUUGAGGAACGCACUUCCAGUCCUGCUUCUUCGAGUGAGCUCUGAAGGUGCUGGAUAACGAAAUAAUAGCUCAAGAAUCGCAGAGGGCCGACAUUGAAGCACAUAGUUGAGCGACGGCGCCUUGUGAAAUGUUUAAGAGUCCGGUGGAGUCAUUAACAAAAACCCGCUAAAUUGAGAGGCUAAGUUCCAGUUGCAUUCAUCAGUACUUUGAUGUGUUCGCUUGAACACAGUGCGCUUCGUUGGUGCACAUUGCUGUUCGUGGAAAUGGCAGGCUGCCAGCGGAAUCACUAAAACCGCAUAUCUAAGGAAUGGGCAAGGUGUCACUUGUCACUUCAUUGUAAUCUUACAGCCACGUCCGACGAUCUUGCAGCAGUGUCAGAACUCCCGUUCUGCGCAAGCUUCUAGCCUAUAAUUCAGAGAGAGAAAGAAAAAAAACUUACAUGGUAGUCAGUUCUUUACUGCCACUUCUGGAGAAAUACAUGUCCAGGCAAGAGAAAUUUCCGGUAAACACAAGUAGGCCCAAGCUAUAAGAAUCAUCGUUGUCCCGUGCCGUUAUUAGGCAAACAUUUGUCCAGUUAAAGUUGUUUAGUCGCUUGUUAUCAGGUUGCAGGUUAUCAGCGCUCACAGUUUGGUUAGAGCUUAUUGCACGACUGAGGUAGGACGUGGCACGUUUCGCAGCAGACGGCAAGAAUGAACAUGGACGAUGUCCAGGCUGUCUCCACGGAGCGAUGUUGCGACUUGGUUGCGCAACGUCGCUCUGUGAGCGUGUAAUGAGCUUGUUAUGGUCACUGACAGCUGGCCAUAACCUUGUACGGUAGUCAAGAACUCUUCUUCUAUGCACAGUAGAACCAAAACAUCCGAACAGCCUCCAUCUUAACUGAGUACGCAUUCAUUAGGCCUUGCGAGGUGUUGAUAUGGAGUGGUUACAAAUAGCGUUACGCUCCGCGCAGGAAAGCCAAUCUUGACUUUGCUUCUCUAACCGGACACGGUUCUCGAAUUAAAAUGAGCAAACUACGCGCUCCGUCUAGUCGUAAAGAAUAAAUGCAGGUUUUCAACGCCGCUUGUUCGGGGUAUGACUACUUCACUUCACCUCACCGACGCCGUGCUUGUGAAAAUAAAUCUAUGGGUAACGCCAUCCAACCAGACAAAAAGCUAAGAUUCUCCAUCGCCUAUUGUGACCGGAAGCAACGGAAUGCGCAUUGGCAUUGUAAACGACGUUCGACCGUUCUUCCUCAAAAAGGCCAUAUGUACGUUUUUUUCGGUUUCUCCCUAAUGUACUUAUGAAUGCCCGGUGCAUAGUGGGAUGUGUUCACAAACGCCCGUCUCGAAGAACCUACGGUCUUCUUUGUGCGUAUGUCGCUGUGUGUGCGCGUGUGUGUUGUCGCGAUCGCCUGUCCCUCGAACUUGUGCAUCACAUCACGGAAGACGACUGGAACAGUUCUUGCUCAAGCGAUAUGUGCAAGUCGUGAUAGCGCCCUUUAUGUGUGUGUUCGUCGUCUCUCAAUCUUUUUCACGCAAGUCCUUGUGCAAUGGUGGGUUUCGGCACAAAACUUUAUCGAGGUGCGCAGCGUUGUGAAAUAUUGUAAUCCUAUCAAGCGUGUACAGACAGUUACGCCUCCAAACAUACAUCUCGCCUGUUGUUGUGGAAGGAAGGAAAAAAAAAAAAAGACCGGCAUUUUUCAAACGCCGGCUGUAGAGCGUGAGCGAUAGUCACUCUUCGGCUAUAGCUGGUGAGUUUUCUUGAACGAUUAUUGUAGCCUCUUUUCGAUUUCUAGCGUUUUUGCAGUGUUAUUAGGGGCAAACAGCUCGUAGCUGUUCUACGGAACGGGAUCGCCAACGAUUUCACGGCGCAUACAGAAGUGUUUUAAGUGACUGACCAAAUUCUUCUAAUCGUCGGGGAAUAGAGAUGGGAAAGAUAGCAACACUGUGCGUCAACUUUCACGGUGCUGAGCUGUUAGUUGUAUAACGCCUUCUCAAGAACUUUCUUUCCUGUAGUACUUUACACGCACGCCCAUGCGAAACAGGGCCUCCCUGGCGGAGGGCUUACAAAAUACGAUCCACUGCCGUGGCCUCCAAGAUCCGUGAGAACGCGUUGGCCGUGCACGCCGUGGGAUCUCAGAGGCUAUGUCACUGUUCCGUGCGUAGUUUGUUCAACGCUCGGAUUUCAGUGUCACGCCCAUAGCAUGGUGCUGACUUGUAUCGUGUACAGCACGAUCGGACUGUUAACAUGACGCCGCCGCGAACGACAGCGCGCGGUGCACCCUUGCAGCAAUGGCUGUGUUGGUGUGUUUACGUUGUGACGUUACAAAACGCUCAAACGGGGAGCGUAUGGGAAAUCCUCGCGCCAGUUACGAGAGCAGGAACGAGUGAAUGCCAACUUUUACGAAUGUAACGCUAGGUUUUAGGCAAGUGACCCAGUCGGAUUUUUGCGUUGUGGUUCGCCGAUGAGCGUCCUCCCUUACAGAAGUUAUGUAACUUCUAUUGUAUUCCCCUACGGACUUAUUUUCUUCUGCAUACUUUCUGUUGUGACCCUAUUUAAUGUGAUGUACAAUUUUUGUUAGGGCAUGCUCAGCUAAUUUUAACUGUUUGACUGCACUCGUUUCCAACUUUACAGGAGGUCGACUAGCUGGGAUCACGUGGUUCACGUCAGGAACCUCCGUUCGUGCGGUUAUCCAAAUCUCCGUCAGACUGCCUUUAUUUUCUGAAAACUCAGCUAACGGUUGUAGACAUCUGCGUCGUCGCGAAAGUAAUUAACCCGAAAUGUCCGUGCAUGCAAGGUCUCCUGAGUACUCACAGCUGAUUUGUCGACUAAUCAACCAAUCGCGUAAGGCGUCUAGUUGCACUGCAGAGACUGACUCCCACUAGCAGUCAAACCAAACUUUCUGCGUUCUAAAGCUUGGUCGUUCUGCUAAGGUGGCGCCGUUCGUAGGCGCCUGUUGGAGAAAAUUAAACUGCCGAUGCGACACAUUUCGGUUGUGCGUGUGUUUUUCUGAUGCAACAGGUGCGUUAACAUUAUUAUCGACAAUGCUGCCGGUUGUUUCGGGUCGCCUGUCUGCACCACUUAGACCCCUUUUCCACCUUCUACUGUCCUUGUCUGUUCUUCCUUCUUCUUUUUUCUCUUCAUGCGUCGAUGUCGACAGUUUUUUAAGUAUAUGUGCUAGAGCUCCAUACAUGGAGGUUUCGUGACGUCUACCGACUUCUGCGGUUAGAAAAGUGACGUGAGAAACUCGCCAACUUCCUGUUGAUUGUCUAGACUUUUUCCUUGCCCGCCGGCGGAGCCUCGUCGGUUGUUGUGAGAAGGAAACGACUUCACUCACCGGUAUCGACACAGGUGCGAAAAACGCGUAGUCUGCAUAUACAGUCUAUCUUUUUCCCUGUACCGUUUUAACGGCCUUUUUACUAAGUACAUAUAGGGUGACCGUCGUCUUGACUGUGCCACUUGAAAAUUCUCGUUUUCAGGUGUAGUAUCAAGAGCAAAAGAAAGGUUUCAGGCGAAGUUGCUUUGCAUGAAGGAUAAUUUAAACAGAAGUGGAUAGAUUCUAGCCAUUCGCUGACUCUCUGCGUCCCACUAUGGCAUUUUUUUUUUUUUUAAACAGCCGUGCUAUGCGCGGUCACCCACUCCUGGGCGAAAAACACAGGCCGUGAACUUUGCGUGUGCUUUUUUUUGUGAAAGUAAUGCGCCAUUUUUUUGGGAAGGGGCGUUUCAGCACCAUGGCGUAAGCGCGGGAGGGAGCAUACGGUUAGCACCGUAUUUUUGCUGAUAAAACGUGCAAAAGAAAGAAAAUGUGUAAUAUGCAAAUGACCACCCUUUGCAAUUGUAUGCGCAGAAAGAGUUUCCUUUUUUUUUGCAAUCUCCUAACUCCAGACGACGCAAAUUUUCAGCGAGCUCCACGUGCAACUCUGCAAGCUGCUUCCUCACAUCUCUUGCAUAUUUAUAUAAAAGGGCACUCAAGAAAAAUGUUACAUUAAGUUAUAUUAGUGAAUUACACUCCCGGAGUGGCAAAACGUCCGCGCUUACAGGAGAAAGCGCGCAAUACCGAAACCAUAGGUGGUGACCCACCCUCAAGUUCCCGCACCAGUUUGUCGUGACGUCACGGAUGUUGGCAGCGUCUGCUAAAGCAUAUUUAAUUGUACUGCGGUAGAGAAUGACCACAUUUAAUUAUAAGCGAGUGAGAGGCUCAACGUACGACAAGUUUUUCGAGAACUUUUCCGGCGUGAAAACGGCCCAAAUGCAAAAAAAAAAAGUUUAUUUAAUGACGUCACAAUAACGUAACGGUGCUGGCGUUACGGCGCGAAAUUCAAAAGGACGUUAUUUGCUCCACUAAUAGGCAUUUUCGCGGUGAGUUAAUUAAGAUAGACUAUCGAAACAAAUACUAUUGAAAGAAUGCUUUACCAGCCUGAACUGGUUUACCAUAGCGUUAUUGUCAAUAUUGUCAAGUGUCAUAUUUAGUGUCCCUUUAACAUUUUUUUUUUUUGCGAACCCUAAUAACUACCACUGCGGCGGCGAAAAGUACAGUUUUAGUGUUGAUGUUCUUUGUUUAUUCUUCACGCCCUGUCGCUAUUUUUCCUCUUUUCGCGUUCGACUUCCACUCAGGAAGUACUUCACGCGAAAGCACUGUACAUAUACGCGAGACGAUAGGCUUUUUUGUACAAAAGGCGAUCGACGAAGGUCCUUUUUUUUGUGUGCACCGUAUGCAUGGCUACCCUCCGUUCGACUAAUGAACUUGUUUUCUUCCUGUUGGUGUCAACAUCGUGUGAUUUUCUUCUCCGUAUUUUUUUUUUUUUUUUCAGUCGUGGUUUUCGUCGGCAAAGGCAUCUGUUUACCUUUUUCUAAAAGCUUGACCGGGUAUGCGUGCCGACCUGUGCAAUAUACGGUGCCGUGCCGGAACAUUGAUUUACUUUUUUUCUGCCUCCAGGUGCAAUUAAAGGCGACACGUAUGUGGUUUUCA